GCUUACAUUUUCAACUUAUCUCAAAUAAUUUGUCAAUAGUUUUCUCAAGUCCGCUUUCCGAUCUUCAAUGGCGACUCUUAUCAGCCACCGUGAAGUGGCACCAGCCGGCAACGCCGCCGAGAUGUCACUCCCCCUGACCUUCUUCGACAUCCCAUGGCUGUUCUACUUCCGGAUGGUCCGACGCCUUCUCUUCUAUAGACUUCCCAUUUCCCGGGAAUCAUUCCUUGAAACCACAAUCCCAAAUCUAAUGGCCUCCCUCUCCCUAACCCUGAAACACUUUCUUCCCCUGGCCGGAAACCUGGUUUCUCCGUCUGAUUCUUCCACCCCGCCGGAGCUGCGCUACUUCCCCGGAGACUCUGUUCCCGUCGCCUUCGCCGAGUCCGCCGGCGACUUCGAUUCCCUUGUAGCCAAUCAUCCCCGUGAUGUGAACCACUUUUACCCUCUCGUGGCUAGAUUACAAGCUCCUGAACCAGCCGCCGGUGAACAGAUAAUUAUCCCUGUGUUAUCAAUUCAAGUCACACUUUUUCCGGGCUUUGGCAUAUGUAUUAGCACCACACAUCACCACGUUGUCGGGGAUGGAAACACGAUGAACAGUUUCACUAAGGCCUGGGCGAUGAUUAACAAACUGGGCGGUGAUGGAGAGUUCAUAGCAGAGAAAUCUGAAUCUAAAUCUGUCCCGUUUUAUGACCGGACAAUAGUGAAAGACCCAUACGGGGCAAGGGACAAAAUGUUCGGAGAAACCAAGAAAAAGUUGAAGGUUGAGCUAUCCGAGGCCGAGGUUUCAACCCCUCGGAUCGAUAAGGUUCGGGCAACAUAUAUCAUGCGACGAACAGACAUUGAGAAGAUCAAGAAUUUAGUCACAGCCAGACAAAGACCAAGAACAAUUCAUGUAUCGGCUUUCACUGUAACAUGCGGUUAUGUGUGGAGUGGGAUCUUGAAAGCCAAGGCGGCGAUAGGGGAGCCCACGGCGGCGGAGGAGAUUUUCGUCUGCUCAGCCGAUUGUAGGACUCGCCUGAACCCACCACUUCCGGCUAGCUACUUUGGCAACUGUGUAGUGUCAGUCUGCGCGAAAUCGAAAAUUGAGGUGUUGGUCGGAGAUGAUGGGUUUUUAGCGGCGGCGGAGUUGAUCGGAGAGGCAAUUGAGAAAGGGGUGAAGAAUGAUGAAGAGUGGAUUUUGAAUGGGGAAUUGUGGUUUUCGGAGUUUGAAGAAGCAGUUGAAGGGAAGGGAAUGGGAGUUGCUGGGUAUCCAAGAAUAGACUUGUAUGGUGCAGAUUUUGGGUGGGGAAAGGCGGAGAAGAUAGAGUAUGUGUCCAUUGAUGGAGGUGAUUCUAUGUCCCUUUGCAAGUGUAGGGAUUCUGAAGGUGAUUUGGAGGUUGGGUUGGCCAUGCCCAGAACAAGAAUGGAAGCUUUUGCUUCCAUCUUUGCUGAUGGCCUUAGUAGCUUAUAGAGGUUUCUUCACUUUCUUUUCUCCUUCACUCUCGGAAUUGCUAAUUUAGUUGCUUAAUUAGAGAUAGGCUCUUGUAUGUGUACUGUAAUAAAGGGGAUUUUGACAAAAUCUUAUUGAAUAAGAGUACAAAUUUAGAUA